UGAUUCACUACUGCGCGCUCCGCUGUAUGCCACGUACAGGUUUACGUCGACAAGCGGGCAGACUUCCUCAUGUGAAGCUAGGAUUCUGUGUUUGCCAGCCCUGGUUAAAGAUUUUGGCUGACAAGGUCCUGAGAGAAAUACCGACACAACAGUGGGAUUAAGUCGUCCAGUUACAGAGGUGGGAGCAGUAGACUGUACCAUGAACGGACAACUGGACCUGAGCGGCAAGCUGAUCAUCAAGGCCCAGCUGGGCGAUGACAUCAGACGCAUCCCCAUCCACAAUGAGGACAUCACCUAUGACGAGCUGGUGCUGAUGAUGCAGCGUGUCUUCAGGGGCAAGCUGCAGAGCAACGACGAGGUCACCAUCAAAUACAAGGACGAGGACGAUGACCUCAUUACUAUUUUCGACAGCUCGGACCUGUCUUUUGCCAUCCAGUGCAGUAGGAUCCUCAAACUCACUCUCUUCGUGAAUGGUCAGCCGAGACCUCUGGAGUCCUGUCAGGUAAAGUACCUGCGUAAGGAACUCAUUGAGCUCAGGAACAAAAUCAACGGUCUUUUGGAAUGUCUGGAGCCCCCCUCAGAACCUGGCCUGGCUGCCUCCGCACCAGACAGGGACUCUGUGGAUGUGUGUGAGGGGAGAGUGGUGUCAGCGGUGAAGCAGGCCCCGGUCCCAGUCAGUGCGGCCAGCAUGUCGGCCUUCGACCCCCUGAAUAAGCAGGACGAAGUCAGCAAGAACGUCAUCUCUGCCUUUGGCCUGAGUGAGAACCAUGUCCCAGCCCCCCCGGGUGUUUCGUCUGUGGAGCGGUCAGAUACUCCAGACAGCAUUGCAUCAUCGUCGUCCGCCGCCCCCCAGCCACAGGCCCCCUACGCAGGGAUGCAGCAGGGACCCCCAGCAGCCCUCGACGGUCAGAUGUACCAGCAGUACCAGUCUCCAGGUGGAUACCCUCCCCAGCAGCCAGCACCGCAGCAGCAGUAUGGCAUGCAGUACCCUGCAGGAUGCACCCCCCAGCCCGGCACCCCCCAGCCCGGCACCCCUCAGCCUCAACAGCAGCAGUUCCAGAACUACCCUGCCCCCACCUCCCAGGCCCCCGCCCCCAGCCAAGGCCCAGCCCCCGGCUUUCAGGGAGGCCAACAGCAGGCCGCUCCACCCCAGGGUCCCCAGCAGUACCCCCCAGGGGCCUUCCCUCCCCAAAACUACACCUCCCAGGCCAACCAGCCUGCCAACUACAGCCUACCCCCCACCUCCCAGUCUGGCCAGGGUUACCAGGCCCGUCCCAGCUACACUCCUCCCCCCGGUAGCAACGUUACCCCCCCUCCUGGGGCGUCCAACCCCUAUGCCCGCAACCGGCCCCCCUUCGGCUCGGGCUAUGCCCAGCCUGGCCCUGGGUACCGGUAAAAGAGAAGGAACGGAAAACGUUAUCCACCCACCCCUCCCCUUUGUGUCCUGGCUGGCUCUGUUUGGCCUGGGUUCGGUAAACAUGGUCUGCUAAAUCUGUCCAUCCGUCCUUCUGUCAGUCCUCAGUCACUGAUGAGUCCAUAUCCAAAACAAACUACAACUCCCCCCCCAUCUGAUCGUCUGUGUUCUGUCUCGACCCCUCCACACACACACAAACCCAUGUGUUAUUGUCUGUGUUCUGUCUCAACCCCACCACCACACACACACAAACCCAUGUGUUAUUGUCUGUGUUCUGUCUCGACCCCACCACCACACACACAAACCCAUGUUAUUGUCUGUCUCAACCCCACCACCACACACACAAACCCAUGUUAUUACCUGUGUUCUGUCUCGACCCCACCACCACACACACACACACACACACACACACGUGUUAUUGUUUGUCUCAACCCCACCACCACACACACAAACCCAUGUUAUUGUCUGUGUUCUGUCUCGACCCCACCACCACACACACACCCAUGUGUUAUGGCCCUGUUAUUUGUAAUUUAAUGUUCCCUACCCACACCCUAUGUGUCUGUCAUCAGGGUGGGCUCAAUUUGAAUUGAAGACAGUCAAUUCAGGAAGUUAACUAAAAUGUACAAUUGAAUAAUAAAAAAGGGCAUUUUCAAUGACUUCUCAAUAAACUGAAAAGUCAAAGUUAUUUAUUUCAAAAUGUUUUUAAAUGUUUUAAUUUCUAAUUGUCAGUUCAAAUUGUGCUCAACACUGGUGAACAUGUAGUCAGUCUGUAAGCACACUCAGCUGGGAGAACGAAACAGGCUGAAAUAUGAAGGCUGUCUUAUUAUUAUCAUCAGACUUUAUCUUGCUAGUCUGACCGCUGUAAAUCCACCUGUAUCCACUGGUCAACAGAUGUUGAUUCCUAUUGCAUUUAACUGAUCUUUUGAGGAUAUAGUUUGCUGAGUGUCAACAGAUGCUUCUAUGAAAAUGGUGUUCAUCCCCUUUUGUUUUUAAAUACGUUUUUUACAACUCGUUUUCAUCAACGCCAUGUUGGUAUUAUGUCGUGUCAUGGAAUCUGCCCCUCGCUUGAGUACAAUAUGGGAGGUGUAGUUUUGACCUUCCAGAAGGGUCCUACCAUGUUUAGGCUCUUAGAUCACCUCCUUAUGGUUUAUCACUCUCUCUUUCUCAUACAUUUUUCUUCAAUGGUUUGUAUUAAUAUAUCAGUCAGAUUUUGUCAUUUAGUUUGUUUAAAAUGUAACAUUUUCUCUAAAACCUAAUAAAGGUUUUGAAACCUU